AUAGCCUAAUAAAUUAUUCUAGAUGAUACCAAUAUUAUAUUAAUAAUGAAGGAAUAAUGGAGAAUCAUUAAGGUUAACCGUUACUAUGUUGAGCUAGCCUUAUCAUAUCCAAUCAAUUGUAAGGUUAAAAGAAAUCUCAAAGGAUAGGGUUACAUUGCAUUGGAAGGCAUCCGUACUACAAUUAUUUUCAUAUUCUUGGUCAUCUCUUGGGUUUUUGCUUCAACCGCACAUGGAUUCUCAAGGUAACUCAGUUGGUUGAGUGGCGAGAAUUAGGAUCAAGGAACCCUGGUUCGAGUCCCCGAAGCGAUCGUGUAGAGGUCACAACCUCUGAAAUGGCCUGGAUCUCUGAUGCGCACGAGGCAUAUGAGCCUACUGCUACUUCACCGACUGAGUCACCGUGAUUUACAUUCUCCCAUAUGCUCUGUCGGAUCGAGACGUGGGGAGCUCCGGGGUGGGAGAUUCCACCUUUUGGAUCAAAGAAUACUUGAACUUCGUCCUUUUCCUUCCCCAGUCUUUCGUGUAGUUAAUCCCUUACACAAAAUAGGGACUUCUCAUACAUGCUACUCUAUCAGAUUCGUCAUUUUCUCCUAAAUAGGAAUGAGUUACUCCCAACCAACAUUUAUCUUACUACCAGCUUUUGCAUUAUCAAACUUUAAUAGGGUGAUAUAACUGCCAUUUUGUACAACUGUACAAGUAAUUAUCAUCAUCAAACCAAAUUGAUAUUCUUAAGCAAUAAUGUCAUUUUGUUAGGAUAAUGAUUUUUCUAAAAUACUCUCUUCGUCCCUCAAUACUUUGUCAUGUGUGACCGGCAUGAGAAAUAAUAAAGUAAAAACUGUGUGGUUGAUAUAUGUGCAGAGGAGAGAGAAAUAAUAGCAAUCACAAAUUCAUUGAUUAAAGGGAAAAUGACAAAAUUUUUGUAACAUCAAAAAAAAGAAAGAUAGCAAAGUUAUAAGGGGAGGGAGUAUUAUCUAUAUUGAUAAUGUUUGAGUGAGUUUGAGGUCAUUCUUUUUGCUCAGUCAGAGAAGCUAUGCCACUCACACAGUCACGGGUAGGUCCCAAUAUACGGAUAAGAGAGUUUUACUUUAGUGUCCUAUUUUGACUUGGUAGGUGAACUCCCACCUCUAUAAAUGUGCGCCAAAGAAACAGAUUCGGCAGGGGACUUUGAUGUGCAAAGCCUCUUGUAAACAUACACUUGUAAUAAUAAGCCAUUUACAUCAAUACAAAUAUUCUCCUUUUGAUCUUCGUUCAACAAAAAUAGAUCUAGAAGUAACAUUAAUUGUGCAUUUUCCAUGGAUGCUUCUUCUUCUAUGGCUUUCAUGUUAAUUUCUGUAGUUUACGUUCUAUUAUUGUUAGCCUCAAAUUGCUCCGUUCAUGGCCAGUACCGGUCAAUCAUUAGUUUCGGCGACUCCCUCGCCGAUACCGGGAAUUUAGUCCGCCUUUCGAUAUCCAAAAGCAACGUCGUCUCCGGCGUCCUACCGUACGGAGAGACCUAUUUCCACCACCCUACCGGUCGCUUCUCCGACGGUCGUCUCGUCGUUGACUUUAUAGCCCAGAGCAUGGGAUUCCCGCUUCUGCCGCCUUCCGUGGCGGUGAAAACCGGUAACGUCGGCGAACAGUUCAUUGAAGGCGUGAAUUUCGCGGUGGCCGGAGCCACCGCACUAGAUGUUUCUUAUUUUGCGGAAAGAGGAGUCGUUAACCCCAGCACAAAUGUUUCGUUGGGGACUGAAUUGGAAUGGUUUAAACAAAUGCUUCCUUCUCUAUGUGGAACUGGAUCAAGUUGCAAAGAGUAUCUGCAAAAUUCCUUAAUUCUAAUGGGAGAAAUCGGAGGAAACGACUACAAUCAUCCCUUUAUGCAAGGCCAUUCCAAGGAAGAGGUCGUAACAUAUGUCCCAAACGUUAUUAACGCUAUAAGCUUAGCUAUUAAUGAACUGAUCGAACUUGGUGCUCAAACACUAAUAGUUCCCGGAAAUCUGCCCAUUGGAUGCUCAGCGGCCUAUCUCACUCUAUUCUCAACUACGAAUAAGAAGGAUUAUGAUGCUAAAACUGGUUGUCUAAACUGGCUUAAUGACUUCUCUCGAAUCCAUAAUCAACUCCUUCAGGAUGAACUCGAUCGCCUUCGCCAACUUCAUCCUAAUGUCAAUAUUAUUUACGCUGAUUAUUACAACGCGGCAAUGAGAAUUUAUCGCACGCCUAGUCAAUUUGGAUUUGAAAGUAGCACAAGUGCAUGUUGUGGGGGAGGAGGUCCAUAUAAUUAUGACUCGUCGGUUGAAUGCGGCGGGGCAAGGUCAACGGUGUGUGAUGACCCUUCCGUGUAUGUUAGCUGGGAUGGAAUGCAUUUGACUGAGUCCGCCUAUCGUUCCAUAGCUGCAGGAUUGCUUCAAGGCCCAUACACUACACCUCGCAUGGGUGACUUUCUUUCAUUGAAGAGCACCUUGAGUAUGCAUGGGGAAAUAUGAUAAUGAUGAUGAUGAUGGUGAUAAUAUAGUUAUUAGAUCAAAGAGAUGGUUAAUUAUAUUUACCAUAUAAUAUGUUCAUCAUUAUAUUCUAAUACUAUACCAUAGCUAGGGGCAUUUCUCUAUCUAUUUGAAUAUAAUUGUUGUACAAACUACAAAUAUAUAUGGAUUUGUUUCUACGUCUCGUGACCCUUGAAAGAGUAAAUUAUACAUUAUCGUGCAAGAACUCGAC